AUACGCAAUUUUAAUCUCCUCAAUUACCUUAUUUUGUUUCCGUCUAUUGCAGGUAAGCGUUGCUCAGAGCGCGCUAAUGAAUGCUACGCCGGUCAAUGCCAAAAUGGUGGUACGUGCCUGCCAGGUUCUAUUGAGAAAAGUCUACAGUCCCAUUGCCGCUGCGCGUCCGGCUGGCAUGGCGUAUUCUGUGACGAACCGAUUGACCAGUGCAGCGGACAACCAUGUCAUAAUGGUGGUACCUGCGAAUCCGGCACCGGCUGGUUUCGUUGCUUGUGCGCUCAAGGUUUCUCUGGACCUGAUUGCCGAAUCAACGUGAAUGAAUGUUCACCGCAACCGUGUUUGGGCGGCGCAACCUGUAUUGAUGGCAUAGGUGGUUAUACGUGUAUUUGUCCGCCGGGAAGACAUGGGCUGCGUUGCGAAAUUUUGCUUUCCGAUCCCAAGUCCGCCUGCAUUAAUUCUACCAACACACUCUCGCCAUAUCAUGCUUUGAAUCAAAGUCAAUCCGAUUGGUUGGAGCUGGCGCUAUCUGGCAGCACUGACGAGUACUGUAAUGCCUGUAUCUGUGAGAAUGGCACGUCGCGCUGCACGAAUCUCUGGUGUGGCUUACCGAACUGCUUUAAAGUGGAUGCUACGACGAAAUCGUCAAAUCUAUCCGGCGCGUGCAAGCAACACGAGGUAUGCGUGCCAACGAUGAGUGAGGCCUGUCUAUCGCCGCCUUGCGCUGUACGUGGCGAUUGUCGUGCGCUGGAGCCAUCGCGCCGCGUGGCGCCUCCACGUCUACCUGCAAAACCCGAAUGCUGGCCCAACCAGGCGGUGUUGAAUGAGAAUUGCGCGCGUCUCACAAUACUGCUCGAUCUACAACAAGUUGUCGAAGGCUCUUCAGUGGAGGGACUUUGUUCUGUCGUACGCUUUUUACUGGCUUCGAAACUGGUAAAACGGACGCAAAACAGCAACGAAGCAAUGCUCAUUAUUAUUUGUGACCUGAAAACAGGCACUAACGACACCAUAGAAGUAACAGUGUCAUCAACGAAAUCAGCUGAUUCCGAAUUGCCCAUCACUGUUGGACUGCUCGGCGAGCUGUUAUCUUCGCGUCAGAUUAAUAGCUUGCAACGUAGGAAUGAGCUGCGCAAUGCAAAAUUCGCACCACUGGUCUCUAUACUUGAGGUUAAAGUAGAAACCGCACUCAUAGCUGAGGGCAACCACAACAGCCUACUCAUCGGCAUUCUAUGUGGCAUCUUCAUUGUGCUUAUUGGAUGUGCUGUGUUCAUCACACUCAUUUGGCGUCAACGCUUACAUCCGCGCUCCACUUCGGGCAUCAAUCUUACACCUUCCAUGGAUGCACUACGUCAUGAGGAGGAAAAAUCGAACAACUUACAGAACGAAGAGAAUCUACGACGCUACACGAAUCCCCUAAAAGGUUCGACAACCUCGCUGGGGCGUACCAAUGGCAUGGAACUUAGCCUCAAUCCUUCUCCAGAGUUGGCGACGGUCUCUUCAUUGGUGGCCGCUUCCACCUCAGCACUGCAUCGUUCACAGCCACUUUAUCCAACCAAUUGUGGCGAAUCGAAUUUCGACUGUGAAAUGGAGGUGAGCGCAACGGGGAGUAGAGGUAAUGCGACCAGCAAAACUGAACUGCAUCACGCGCACGUGCAAAAGCGCAAUUCACAAAUUUUGCUGCAUAAAACUCCUAAUUCCGAUAUGAAGAAGAACACUGUCGGAUCGCUGGAUAGUCCGCGAAAGGAUUUCGGAAAGAGAUCAAUCAAUUGUAAAUCAAUGACACCAGCUGCCAGCGAAGACUCAGACGUGCUCACUGUGGUGGUGUAAUACGCAAUCACAAUGGCAGUGCAGCAGCCAGUGUGUAUUCGAGCCGAUGAUCUCAGAAUAUCUACCGAAUUAAUUAGCAAACUUUAGGAUUAUUAAAAUUGCCUUUUUUGCAAAAAGCGGAGAAGAAAUAGGGAAUUGUUAUCAAAUGUGUAUAACACUGUGCGACAAUUUUAUGUCAGUUCGGGCUGGUUUGAACUCGUCUCGGCCUAAGUAGUUUUCAAAAAAGUGAAAAAAUAUUUUAAAAUAAAUAUCUUAGCGAAAUUAGG